GCCGACCGACGACACUUUAGUGCACACGACAGGCGACACGCACACCUCUUUUUCCUCUCGUUCGGUUUUUAUUUUGAUAUUUGAUUUCCCGUCUGAAAUUUUCCCUUCUAAAAUCUAUCUGUCUGUCUUUUCUCUGUCCGCAAGACCAUUUCUUCGAAAAAUAAGAAACGAUCAGUGUAGUAGGCUGUGGUGAUCGAAAAUGGAAAAUCGGUGAAAUCCAGGACGGGUUCGGUCCAAGUGAGCCACAGUGUUUGUUGUUGGUGUUAGAAAAGAGGGGGGAGGCCCUUUGAGUUGUCACACAGUGCGUGCAAAUCGGAGGAACAAGAACAAACUCCAACAGCAGUAGGCUGUGCUACCCCGAUGGUGUUCAUCCAAUGUGUGCUGUGAUUAAUGUGUCUAGACUGUGAAGUUUUUUAAGUUUUCGGUAGAUUUUUGUUCCGUUGUUAAACGUUACCAGGUAGCCUUAUGUGAUUAGUCUGAAUUCGCUGUGUCGUUGUGCCCCGUGUAGGGAAAAUCCAAUUUUUCUCAAGGAUUUUCCUCUUUUUUGCGUUGAUCCUUGGAUAGUGUCAGUGGUUGAUUUAUUGUGUUAGAUAUCGAGAAAAUUCCUGCCGAGCCAGACCAGAACCGAGUACGUAAACAUCCGAGGAGGCUGGGUGGGAUGGAAGUGCAGAGCAACAUGGACAACAAAUCUUCAAUUAAAGGGCCUUUUCUGACACAGCAACAGGAAGAUUUCCACCCGUUCAUCGAAGCUCUGCUGCCUUACGUCAAGUCGUUCAGCUACACGUGGUUCAACCUACAGGCGGCCAAACGCCGGUACCUCAAGAAGCACGAGAAAAAGAUGACCCACAACGAGGAGAACAAGUGCAAGCGAGAUUUUCAGAACGAAAACCCGGAAACCAAACAGAAGUGGGCCGCCCGUCUGCUGGGGAAACUGCGCAAGGACAUCACCCACGACAGCCGGGAGAAUUUCGUCCACUGCAUCUCGAAGAAGAAAACCUCCAUGUGCAUUCUGUCCAAUCCGGACCAGAAGGGCAAAAUGCGCCGAAUAGACUGCCUCCGGCAGGCCGACAAGGUUUGGCGUCUGGAUCUGGUGAUGGUGAUUCUGUUCAAGGCGAUUCCGCUCGAAAGCACCGACGGCGAACGGCUCGAGAAGGCCUGCUUCUGCACCAGUCCCAGCCUGUGCAUCAAUCCGUACCACAUACAAGUAUUAAUUAAGGAGUUGGAUCUCUAUCUGGCCAACUUUAUCCGAUGUUUCAGGUAAGUCCCUGGUUUUUCCUUGACUACACACCAACACUUUACCACCACACUCAUUUUGUUGCACCAAAUUUCGGAAACGGCACACAAUGCGCAGCAUGGAGCAACGAUUUUUCUUUUCCAUUUCUACCAGAACAAGAAAACCGAUGUUGCGAAAAUUUUAGUUACUAGAACUGUUUUGUUUUUCGUUUUACACACGGCAAAAUUUGGCACCUUUAAUGCAGACCUCCGUUUUCAUUUUCGUUAACCGAUUUGCUCACUGGCACACCCCUCGAAUACACUGUUCGAACACACACAUCCCAGUGACAGUAGCAGGAAAACCGAGCAAGCCCUGAAAAACCAGCCUACUUCGAUGUUCAGUUGGACACACUUCCUUCAGCUUUGUGUUUUUAUUUACUUUUGAUCUUUGUGGUAGUUUAUAGAGAUGGCGUUUCCGGCGCAAAUUACCAAACGGAUUUUAGUUUAGUUUUUCCAAUUCUAACCACCUGUGUUUUGGAACCAUCGAUUUCUGAUCGAGUGCUUUAUUUCUGUUUUCUUUUUUCUUUCUUCCCUUCUUUUUGACGCUUGAUUUUCGUGCACCGUUCCCUUGUUUUACC